AUGUCAAAGCCCUGGAUCACGUUUGAGAGGUGGGCCAAGGAGUACGACAGCCCGCUGAUCACCAUCUGGACGGGCACGACCCCAACCGUGAUUGCAAACGACUGUUGGAGCGCGUCGGAGCUCAUGGACAGAAGGGCGAAUAUCUACUCCUCAAGGCCUCAUAUGGUCCUUGUCGGCGAUAUGUUUGACGAAAGCACGACGAAUCAAACCUCUUUGGUCUAUGGGGAUCAGUGGAGGACUCAUCGCCGGAUCAUGCAUGCUGCCGUCGGGGCACAAGCUGUCCGUGCGUACCGCACGUUCCAAGGCAAUGAAUCUCGUGUGCUGGCUCUCAACAUACUCGAAAGUCCUGAUGACUAUGUAAAUUCUAUCGAAAGAUACUCCACCUCCGUCGUGUCGAUCGUUGGUUGGGGCCGACGAAUCCAGGCCAACAAUGAUUACGUCCUGGGGGUUGCACUGUCCUUUGUCCAGAACGGUGCCGGCUUUUCGAGUCCUGGUCAAUUUCUAGCCGAGUCGUACCCAUGGUUGUGCAAGCUUCCCUCGUGGAUCUACCCGCUGCCUUCGAUCCUGUGGAAGGAAGGCCAGAGGUCGCUCAAGUACUUUUACGCUCUGUCCCUGGAGGCUUCGCUGUCAAAGAUUGACAACUUCUCAAAGCACCUGAUAAAAUUACAGCAGCAAUACGGCCUGAGCUACAAGGAAGUGGCCUCCUUGACUGGAAAUCUGAUAGGAGGUGGCGUGGACACAACGACCACGUCGACAAUCUCCUUUAUCUUUGCCAUGUGCCUCUUCCCGGAGGUACAACGCAAAGCGCAGGAGGAGCUUGACCGAGUCCUUCCGAAGAGAGAUCGCUUCCCCACCUGGACAGAGGAGAAUCGGCUCCCGUACCUGGACGCCAUUAUUACCGAGAACUUCAGGUGGCGAUCGGCCAUUGUCCUAGGCGGGCCUCCGCAUGCGCCCAUCAAAGACGACGUCUACAACGGCUACUUGAUACCCAAGGGAACCACCCUGAUUGGGAACCUAUGGGCCAUCCACCGCAAUCCGAGAGACUACCCGAGCCCGGAUGAAUUUCGUCCAGAGAGAUGGCUGAACGAGGAUGAACGCCGACCUAAUCCUACAAAGCGAGGCAUCUUCACGUUCGGCUGGGGAAGACGCGCCUGCAGCGGCCAGCCCAUGGCCGAGCAGGGCAUUUGGUUCACGUGCGCGGAGCUACUGUGGGCUUUCAAGAUGAGGGCCAUUGAUGAACAUGCAAGCAUUUUCAGAUCCUGUCAUGCCAUGCCCGACACUGCUAACAUAUACCAGGGAAACGAUGUCAAACUAGAUCCGUUCGCCUACGACGAUCGAUCCACGUCGCGUCCACUGCCUUUCCGAGUCGAAUUCAAACCACGAUUCCCCGGCGUCGAGGACAUUAUCAGACUCGAAGCGAAAAGAGCGCUCGCAGAGCUGGAGAUGUACAACGGGGAGACUGCUGUGACGAUGGACAACGCGGAACAAUUCCUCAAGUAA